AUGGUUGGACACACAACUUGCAAUGACGACUACGUCUACCACUGCGAUUCUAACAACAAAUGGGUGGCUAAGGAAAAGUGUGUGUAUCCGUCGUGGUGUAAUGCCGAGGCUGAUGGUACCGUUGGAUGUGUAUCGGACACCGGAUUGAAGCGCAGCGCCCCGGUGGACUCAUCUGUUGACACUUUGAUUCCUACUCGUACUAGUGGAUACUCUCCAUCUCAUAUCAACUGCAGGGAGGCUGAAUUGCGCUGUAAUGGGCGCUGGGAGGAGAUUUGCGACGGGUUUGGCGUAUGGCAGAAGUGGCGGCAAUGCGCUGAGUGCUUUAGUCAAGGUGACGGGAAAGCCGACUGCAUUCCUGACAAUAGCCUUCCAUCGCCUGAGCCCACGCCAACCUUUUGCAAGAAGGACCAGCUCCGAUGUAAUGGACAUUGGGAGGAAAUUUGCGACAACGACGCCGAGUGGCACCGUUUGACGCAGUGUGAAGACUGUAGUGAAGAUGAAGGCGGCGCCAUAAAUUGUGUGCCUCUUGUGGAUAUGCCACCCGAGCCGAGUCAUCCACCUCAAUGCGUACAAGGUACUCUACGCUGCGAGGGUAAUUGGCUUGAUCUCUGCAACGCGGAUCUCUCGUGGCAGCGUAUACAGCAGUGCCUCGAAUGCGUUAGUGACACUGACGGCCAGCCCUUCUGCGACAACGGGCAAGUGCCUAGUAGCAGUAGCAGUGAUGACGUACCGGGAGCCACGCCGACAACUUCGUCGACUCCGGCUACGUCUGUUCCAACUACUCCGUCAGCUCCAACUACUACGUCAGCUCCAACUACUACGUCGACUCCGGCUACGUCGGUUCCAACUGCUACAUCAGCUCCAACAACAUCGGCACCAUCACAGACAACUCCGGGAAUUGUGCUAGGCAUACCUCUCAUGAAACCCCCGGCUCCACAUACAUCUAAGGCUCGUAUGGCUCAGGAUAACCCGUGCUUCGCCGGUGAAGUGCGCUGUAACGAAGAUCGUGUUUUGGCAUGUGACGCGGAGCACAAGUGGCAGGACUUUGGACCCUGCCCUAGCUGCAAGCAGCUUUACAACACCCGCGUAAAGUGCGAUUAUAACGAUUUUGUGGUGGGUGGCGACCCCAUUUAUCGAACUGUCUUAAAUCAGGACUGCGAGCCAGGUUCACAUCAGUGUGGCCCUGACAACAAAACCGUCGAGACCUGCACCUAUGAUGGCAAAUGGGCUACUGUUCAAGUAUGCCCGGCCGAGGAGAUGUGCCUAGGGAUAUUUGAGGGGGUGGUGUUUUGUUUCGCGAAGGAUGUUGCUGGAUCCGAAAUGGCCAAGUAUAACUAG